UCGGGUCGAGCUCGGAAUUCCCGCUGGUCGCUUGCUUAUAAUAAGCACAGUCGCACGCGCCUCUCCUUAUGUAGUUGCCUAUUGGCCCGAAUCGCUCCGACUGUUGGCAGUUUGACACAUGGCUCUGUUUCGUCAGUCUUCAUAUAAAUAAGGGAGUUGAAGCGAACGGUCACCGGCCGACGUGCUGUGUGUAGUUUUAUCAUCACUGAACAAAAAAAAAAAAAAAAAAAAGAUAGAGAGAGAGGAAAACAAGUGGAACGCUUUACUGACUUAAAGACAUUUCUCUUUCCGUUUUGCCUCAGAUUGCUUGUCUUUUAUACAAAUUCCUAUUGUGCCGGUGUCAACUCCUGACUCCGAACUAGCCUCCAUGUGGCGGAAGAAAUGACCAGAAAAUGUCCAUUCAUGAGCUACACCUUGACCUUUCUGUGUUGGAUCACUCUGGUCGUUUGCAGAGGUCAGUGUAUCCCUCUGGCGAGAUAUUCUGAACACUCCGACUUGUGGUUUGGUCAGCUAGAUGAUAUAGACGAGUCGGAUUUCGAGGCAGAAGUCCAGUAUAUUAGAAAUCGUUUCUUGACACACCUCCAAGGCCUGUCCAACAUGACUCAGGUCGAACUAGAAAAAGCUAUCCAAGUCAACUAUAGACGUGUAUAUAAAGAACACGAAGAACAUCAGCCUACGAAAGUGUACAAGCUUACUGACACAGGUUCGUCUUCUAAGAUGGACAUUAGAACACCUGAAUCUUUGAACGUGUAUUUUUUACCAGAUAUCAGAGAACUCUCUGGUAAUAACUUUGUAACGUCAGCAACUUUACGUGUUUACAGAACUCGGGGAUCCGGUUCUCUCUUUCCAGCGAACUUUACAAGCUAUCCACGACACGAGAGCGUGGAUUCCACAAAAAUCAACCAAAGUCAACCAGUGGUGUCUGUGUAUAGACUGGUGAAUACUUCUGUGGGGGACAAAUCCCAGACACGGAUUCUAGUCACUUCUCGCAUGUUGGAACUACAGGGUUCAGAGGGCUGGGAAACAUUUGAUGUUUCCAGCACGGUGGAAAGCUGGUUAACCAACUCCGAGUCGAAACUCGGACUUCAGAUUGUAUGUAGUAACUGUGACUUUGUGUUUACAUCAGUUAACAAUUCCCUAGAAGCCAGUUCCUUCAACCAACAAAGUAGUGUGGUACUUCAUCAGACUGUUCUUGAAAUCCAACUCUCAGAAAGAUCGGGUCGCUCACGGCGGAAUGUCCGCCACACCCACAAAUAUCCCAUGGACUGUACUCAUGGUGAAAAGACUAAAAAAUGCUGCCGGUACAAAAUGAAAGUAUCCUUCCAAAGUAUCCCUCUCAAAGGGACCGGCUGGGAAUAUGUCAUUGAACCCAAAGAGUUUGAUGCCUUUGUGUGCAAAGGAAAGUGCAAUAAAAGGUACAGGAAUUUUCUCAACAAGCAUGCCUUGAUCCAGAACUGGAUGCGGAGGAUCAUGAAAAACAAGAUCCCGCGACUUUGUUGUACUUCCAAGAAAAGAGAACCUCUUAUGGUCAAAGUGAUUGACAGUCAUAGCCAACGGCGUGAAGGAAAACUUGACGACAUGAUCGUCACAGAGUGUGGAUGUGGCUAGAGAUCAUCUUCCUGUCCAUUUCUGAUCUUUAGUUGCUGUUUUGUCGGUCAGAUGAAUCAAACACUCAAUAUUUGCUACGCCAUUUUACAUCACAUCACGCUCGUAACCAGUCAACAUUUGUCCCGUUAACAGUAUAUUUUAGCUGUUCAUUAAAGUGGUAUAUAAAAAAGGUUGACCAAUAGACCACUGUUAUUCAUCCAGGUAUCUUUCCUGAAUAAUGGCAAUGGCGUUGCCACACGAGAAGUUUGGUUUGUCUCUCGAAUUUCAGGAAAACCGCACUGUGAUAUUGAAGCGCCAGGAAGCAUAUGAAUUAUGAGCUUCUGAGUUGACAAUACCUCUAACAAAAGGAGUUCAGAACUUGAAAGACUCCACCACCCUAAGUAACUUCACCUAAAGUAAACGUUGUGCCUUGUGAAAUAUCCAUGUAAAGUAAUACUCAUAUAUUUAAUUAUAACUUUAUUUUAACAACCUGAACUAAAUAUAUCUUUUUUUAGUGUUAGUAUGUUGUAUA